CAUUCGUGAGAAAGACGAAGACGAUUUCGAUUCUCCUCCAACAAUGGAACCAGAAGUAAUCAGAGACAAAGAAGCAAUGAGAAGAUGGUCUCGAGCCAUGAGAUCACAAGGCAAGACCAUUGGCUUAGUACCCACCAUGGGUUACCUCCACGAAGGUCACUUAUCUCUCGUUCGUCAAUCCCUAACCCUCGCCGAUGUCACCGUCGUCUCAAUCUACGUCAAUCCAGGCCAAUUCUCACCUACGGAAGACCUCUCCACAUACCCAUCUGAUUUCUCCGGCGAUCUUGUUAAACUCUCGGCACUUUCCGGUGGUAAAGUCGUCGUCUUUAACCCGAGAAACCUCUAUGACUACGGCGGUGGUGAGAGGAAGAAGGUUAAUAACGGUGGUGGUGGUGGUGGGAGGGUUUUGAGUUGUGUGGAGGAAGAAGAUGGGUUAGGGCAUGAGACUUGGAUUAGGGUUGAGAGAUUGGAGAAAGGUUUGUGUGGGAAAAGUAGGCCUGUGUUCUUUAGAGGUGUUGCUACUAUUGUUACUAAGCUUUUUAAUAUCGUUGAGCCUGAUGUUGCUAUGUUUGGUAAGAAAGAUUAUCAACAAUGGCGGAUUAUACAAAGAAUGGUUCGAGAUCUUGAUUUUGGGAUAGAGAUUGUAGGAGGAGAUAUAACUAGAGAGAAAGAUGGACUUGCGAUGAGUUCGAGAAAUGUGCAUCUGUCACCUGAAGAGAGGCAAAGGGCUUUGUCUAUAAGUAGGUCACUGACAAUGGCUAAAGCUUCUGUAGCAGAAGGGUUGACCAGUGUUGCUGAGAUUAAGGAUAUGAUUGUUCAACAACUUGUUGGAUCUGAUGGACGGGUAGAUUAUGUCGAGAUUGUUGACCAAGAAACUCUGGAAGGAGUGGAAGAGAUAAAGAAUGGGGUAGUGAUUUGUGUUGCUGCUUGGUUUGGAACGGUCAGGCUUAUAGACAACAUUGAGAUCAAUAUCUCUCUCUAGAUCUGCAUCAAACUUCGAAGGUAAUGAAAAUGCAUGUAGAACAUUCGUAAACAGAGAAAAACGAUGAGAAACAAGUAAACUACGGGAAACUACAUUUGCACAUUCUCAAUAUCUCCUUUUUUUUCAUAGCAAACCAAAGUGUUUUGAGUUUUGAUUUUAGACACAGCAUUUGUUAUUCUUGAAUUGAUUAUACUUCACACAA